AUGUCGCCUUCUUUAUCACCGAUAUUAAUCCCUGACAUUGAACCUUCUUAUACUCUCGGCUCCAUCCUUCAACGCCACUUUUCUUCUUCGGUACAUGUCAAAGGAAUCUAUCCGCUCAAGGGCCACCUACAUUCAAUUAGUCGCCUCGUACUGUCGAACGGGGUCCACCUGCUUCUGAAGUGCUCUCCAGGGCCGACAACGCCUCUCUUACGGCGAGAACAGCUGCUACUUGAAACUGAAGCCCGUGCCCACUCCAUCCUAGAACAACAGGAAACCCCAUACAUCCCGUCAUUCCUGCAUUAUGGUCUCCACGGGGGACCGCUGGGCUCUGCCUUCUUAGUAAGACACUAUAUCAAUGGGGCGACAAUGCAGGAGCUGGAAUCCGCGCUUACCAUGCAAGAGCGGGAUGAUCUCAACCGGGCUCUGGGGUCUUUAGCUCGUGAGAUCGGACAGAAUUUCUCCAGCUCCUUUGGGUCACUAGACCAGGUAGCCUGCGGAUCAGGGAAGCAGUCCUGGCGAGAAGCGUUUGUGACACUUCUGGAAGGCAUUCUCCGGGACUCCGAAGACGCUUUUGUUCAUCUUCCAUAUGCAGAGAUUCGAAACCAAGUUCGUCGGCUGUCCCCUGCGCUCGAGGAAAUUACGUCACCGCAACUAGUGAUUGUUGGGUUAGGCCGGCCGUCGCAGGUGGUGUUGAAUCCGGGGUCGAAGAAGCUUGCAGGACUCUUAGGGCUAGAGAACACUCUCUGGGGCGAUGUGCAUAUGGCAGAGAUCUUUGAGGCGCCGUCUCCGGCUGUGUUGGAGGGCUUUGGUACUCGACCGAAGACAAAUAAGGCCCAGGUGGCCCGACAACUACUGUAUGCCUGCUAUCGUGCUGUGCACCAGGUUACGAUACACUACUACCGCGAUCAGGGGAUGGCUGCCGAGAUCGAUGCUAGGAGACGUCUAACGUCAGUCUUAGCUGAGAUGGCCUCCGUAGACGGAGUCUGCACGUUUUCCGUGUCCGCCAGAAUGGCGCAUUUUCUGCGGGGAAAGCAGGCCGGCAUCCAAAAGGACUUCUCCGAGAACUUGUCGCCGGACCUGUUCGCCCUUGAUGAUUUCGCUCGAUGCGGUAUAAACUCCCAGAUCAGUGCGAUCGCGUACGAUCCCGUCCAGUCGCUCCUCGCCGUCGGAACAAGCGACACGCAAUUCGGCCAUGGUCAGAUUUACGUCUUCGGUCAACGGCGAGUAGCGGUGGUGUUCGCGCUCCCGCGGAAGGCGUCUGCCAAAUUCAUACAAUUCUGCGCCGACAAGCUCGUCAGUGUCGACUCGAAAAGUGAAAUCAGCAUUUUCUCCUUAGAAACUAGACAAACGCUUGUCUCGUAUGCUCCGCCGAGUCAUGCGAGCGCUUUACUGACCGAUCCGAGUCUCGAUUAUGCUUUUAUUGGGUUACAAAAUGGUGAUAUCAUUGCCUACGAUCUGGAUCGUGAAACCUUGACGCCAUUCCGUGUGCCUAAUCUGUGGGCUCAGCGCAAUCCCCGCGUCCGCCUUUGUCCUGUUCUCAGUCUCUCCUUCUCGCCUCGGGAUAUUGGGAAGAUCUUGGUUGGGUAUCCGGAAGGUGCUGUGACGUUCUCGUUCAAGCAGAAUGUUGCUCAAAAGUAUUUUGAAUAUGAGGUCCCACCAGGUGCUCUGGGAGGAAAUGGAGAUGUUCCGGCGUCGGAAAUGCGCAGGCCUCGACUGACUAGGGCUCUCUGGCACCCGAACGGUAUCUUCGUGUUGACAGUGCAUGACGAUAAUAGCUUGGUCUUCUGGGACUCGAAGGACGGCCGCAAAAUCAUGGCCAGAUCUAUCAAUACCCCCAACAUUGACCAGCCGGGUGUAAGCCCCGAACGACCCCAGUCGGCUACCGGGCUCAAGGACCCAAUUACAAACGUCGCGUGGUGUGUCAAAGACAACGGUGAUGACAGUGGACUCUUGAUCGCUGGCGGUCGACCGAAAGCUGAAGCCAACAAAGGACUGACUUUCAUCGACCUGGGACCGUCUCCUAAUUAUCAGACUUCUUCGUGGGCAAUGAUCGCAAAGUACUUCGAGACCCCGAAACGCACCGCACUCCUACCUACUCCUCCCGGUGCGGAAGUGGUCGACUUCUGCCCCAUCCCGCGUAGCACCCCUUACUAUGGCGGCGCUCAUGAUCCUAUCGCAUUACUCGCUCUCUUGUCCUCGGGAGAAGUCAUCACGAUGAGCUUCCCCAGUGGUCAUCCCAUCACUCCAACAAACAUGCUCCAUCCUUACCUUAGUUUCGUGCAUCCGUUCGUGAACAAGGUUACUCUGACGUCAGUCGAUCGUUCUGCGUGGCUGGGCCUGAAGGAGAAACGAUCACAGGGGCCUAAGUUUUUACUCGGAGGAGCGGAGAUAAGGAAACCGUUGAAGCGCUUCGAAGAUCGCAACGUUCUUACGACGGCUCAUGCUGAUGGCACUAUCCGCAUCUGGGAUGCUGGCAUUGAUGAUGAGAUCGAGAAUGGGGACGUCGUUCAAGUGGACUUGGCCCGAGCUGUUGGGCGGGUUGGGAACGUAGAGGUGACCGAGAUGUCUUUUGGAGGCUCAACGGGUGAGCUCUCAGUCGGUUUGCGGACCGGCGAGCUCGUCGUCUUUCGAUGGGGAAACAACCAGAGCUUUGGUCGUGAAGAGCCCCCAGGUGCCAAUGAAGGCCCUGGAACAUUGACCAAGAUCACUCACAGAGUCGACCCUGGUUUGAAGACAGGUAUCCUUCCACUGACACUCCUAAACAUGCAGCAAGGCCCAGUGACUGCCUUGAAGCACAGUCAAGUGGGCUUUGUGGCUGUUGGAUUCGAAGGAGGCAGUCUAGCAAUCCUGGAUUUGCGCGGGCCCGCAAUCAUCCACACGGCUCACUUCUCGGAAUUGUUCAAGGCGAACAAGCGAGGCAGUAUCUUCAAUAAGCGCAGCUCCGAGAGCCCUGCUCCUGAAUGGCCUACCAGCAUCGAGUUUGGUGUGCUGACUCUUGAGGGUGAAGAUUAUUCAAGUAUCUGCUGCUUUGUGGGUACCAACAGAGGUAACCUGGCCACCUUCAAAAUCCUGCCCUCGGAGGGUGGACGGUACGUGGCUCAGUUUGUCGGCACAAGCUUGCUGGAUGACAAGGUUAUCAACAUCAUCCCCAUCAAUGCAGACGAUGGCGGGCUUGCCUUGGCCACCCCCAAUGCUGUUGGGGGCUUGAGAAACGGAGUGCGUGUGAACGGUGCCGUCGUCGCGGUGACUGUUUCCGGGUGCAGGAUCUUCAAACCAGCAACUUCCAAGGGUGCCCAUAGGUCCUGGGAUGACUACCUUUGCGAUUCCGCAGCGGUUGUCAAGACCGAGGCUCGCGGCUACAGUCUUGUCGGGCUUUUCGGAGACGGAUACACGCGAGCAUUCUCCAUCCCUGGUCUGAAAGAGAUUGGCGCCAGUCCAAUCAAUCAAAUAGCUGAUAUGAGACGCCUGUCGGAUGCCACGAUCUCCUCCAAUGGGACCGUCAUGGUCUGGACCAGUCCUUCUGAAGUGGGCUUAUUCAGUGUAUGGGGAGGAGGACACGGACUACGCCAGUCCGAAGACCAGCUCUACAACCCGCAAGUCGUUAUGCCCCCACGACCUACGAUCACCAACAUUCAGUGGAUCUCAGGAACGCAAUACGUUUCCCCAGCCGACAUGGACAUCCUCAUCGGCGGCCCCGAUCGGCCACCAUCCAAGCGUAUGCAGGAGCAGAUGCGGCUAGAGGAAGAGGAGCGCCGUAAAGCAUUCCGCGAAGGCAGAACCCCAACGAACAAGUCGUCGAGUAGCCAGGAAGGGUACUUUUCCUACAUGCAACGGCAAGUGCAGGAACGCACCGAGCGGCUCAACUUUGCAGGCGACAGCAUGGAUCGGCUGGAAGAGAGCAGCAGCAAUUUUGCUCGCGAUGUGAACAAGUUCGUCAGUAAUCAGAAGAGAAAAGCGGUCCUUGGCGGUGAGUUUCCACCCACUCCUUUCAGAUAG